AUGGAUCUCAGCAUCGUUUUGGAGUUCAAUUGGGACAUAGCGGCUUGUCUAGCCAAAGGGAGGGCAGCUGGAAGAAUGGCCAAGCCACUGACAACAGAGCGCCAGAGGAGGCAGCAAGUUAACGACAAGUUCGACACCCUCAGGAAUUUGAUUCCCAAUCCUACCAAGGAGCUUUUAAGCACAGUGGAGGAACUGAAGUUGCUGGUGGAGAAGAAGAGGUGCAGCAGAUGGAGGAUCAAGAGGCACAGGACGGAUCAAGAGGACGUGAAGGAGAGCUCGUUGGAGGAGAUGAAAGCUUCGUCCGCAGCUGCCGAGGUUGAUGAACAGGACAAAUCCUACAAUGGGUCGACAUUGAGGAGCGCUUGGCUUCACUUCAGAGGAAGUCUAAGGACACGGAGAUUGAUGGUGCUUGAUGAGCUUCAUUUGGAUCUUCACCAUGUCGCUAGAGGCCAUGUGGGUGAUUUUUACAGUUUUCUCUUCAAUACCAAGAUAUGUGAAGGGUCUUCUGUGUAUGCAAGUGCCAUAGCCAACAAGCUAAUUGAAGUUGUGGACAAACAGUAUGCAUCCACUCCAUCAAUAAGUUGCUACUGAUGAUCCAGAGAGGGGCCAUUUUUAAUUAGGGUUUAUGAGUCGGGGACUCAGAUUUCCACACAAGGGAGCUAGAGCAAAAAGGGGCUCAAAAGAAUCCAUGCACUGCAACAGUUUAAACUGCUGGAAAGAGAUUGGUAGGCAUCAAUACCAUAGUUGGUAGUUGAAUGAACAAGUUUUUAUGUGUAAAGACACUGCUAAUACCAGUGGGGGAAAUUAUGUUAAAUAGUUGAUGUUGAUGACUAAUUUCCCCUGUAGAUGGGGCCUCACUUAAGUUGCAUGAUCGUACUGCUGUUAUCCAUCUGUUGUAUAUAUAUAUGUUGAUGGUUUGUGUUGUUAAUGUUGCAUGUUUCAACUGUAAGGGAUACUGUUAAUUGAUUAAUGAAUGGG